AUGCCAAACAGGGUCCCCGUCUCGACCGCUGCCAACAGUUACCUCCGACUUCUUGACGCCUGCAUAGCGUCGAAAUCCCUCAAAAAGGGCAAGACGGUCCACCAGCGUCUCCUCAAAAUCAACGGCCAAGAUUUCGGCUCGCUUGCCGCAUCAUCAGUCCCUGACAAGCUCGCUCGCCUCUACAUUUCCUGCAACAGCCCUCAGCUCGCACACCGAGUUUUCGACUCUAUCCCAGCUCACCAAAAGAAGAGCAAGACCAUACUGUGGGACCAAUUGAUCCGGGCCUACGCGUGGGCCGGGCCCUUCGAAAGGGCCCUCGAUUUGUACGGUCAGAUGGUGGGCUCCGGCGUCGAGCCCACCAAGUACACCUACCCUUUCGUCCUCAAGGCCUGUGCUGCUAUGCAGGAUUUCGAAACCGGCGCGAGAAUCCACGAGGACACGAAAAGGUACGGUCUUGAGACUGACGUGUAUGUUUGUACGGCCCUGGUCGAUUUCUAUGUGAAAUGUGGGUGCAUGGUGGAGGCUAAGAACGUGUUUGAUAAAAUGCCUGAAAGAGAUGUUGUGGCUUGGAAUGCUUUGAUCAACGGAUUCUCAUCACACGGAAUGUAUUCGGAUGCUAUUAGUUUGGUUUGCAAGAUGCAGAAGUUUGGGGUGGAUCCCAAUUCAUCGACUCUCGUUGCGAUUCUGCCCGUAUUAGGCGAGAAAGGAAGGUCGAGUGAAGGAAAGUCUGUUCACAGUUUUUGUUUGAGAAGGGCUAUUGAUAUCGACGUCGUGGUAGGGACAGGACUUCUAGAUAUGUACGGUAAAUGUGGGCUGUUGAUUUACGCGAAGUGUGUAUUUUCGUCAUUGGAAUACAGAAAUGAAAUCACGUGGAGCGCUGUAAUCGGGGCUUGCGUUGAUUGUUGCUCUGUAAACGAGGCAUUCGGAUUGUUUACGAAAAUGAAGGCAAACGAGUCCCGCGUGGUCCCCUCACCAGUUGUACUUUCGGCCCUCCUUCGCGGUUGCGCCAAGCUGAACGACUUGGGCACAGGCAGGUACCUUCAUUGCUGCUUUGUCAAGUCGGGCUUCGCUCGGGACUUAAUGACGAGCAACACGAUUCUCUCGAUGUACACGAAAUGUGGGUCCACAGACGAUGCUUUGAAAUUCUUCGAAUCAAUAUUCUUUCCCCUUUUAUCUCCCCACAUUUUCUCUCCUCACAAACAACACCCUUCUCCAAUCUUUCUCGCCGGAAAACCCCGGAGCUACUUAUCGCACAGCUGCCGCCUUUGCAAAUUUUCUGCCAUCGCCGCACGUGAGAUUCACCCCACGUCAUCCCCGCUCACGAUUUCCACCGGCGACACCGAAGACCACUCACGAGCCACCGACGAUUCUUCUGCCAUCGCCGCACGUGAAGACCACCUCCGCCAUGUCCAGCCGGUAACCACGCCCAAGCUACCGCCGCGAACCACCAGCCACAACCCGACGCGGCCUCACCAGCUUCCCCUCCAUCGCCGGCGGACUAGCAGCGGGCCGACGCCGCCAUAG